CUACCUGACAGUAUCAUUGUGAGGAGUACUGCCAGAGGUCUGGGCUCCAUACGCUCCAAUGACUGGAAGUGGCUGGGUGGGGCAACACGAGCUUGAACUGAAUUCCAUUGAGGAAGACCGCAGAGCAGCUGUUAGAGCAGAGGAAACUGACAUCUGUGCAAAGAGGAGAUGAUUCACAUUUUCUCAAACCUGAAGGUCUUUAUUGCCCACAUGGGAAACCACUUAAGAAUGUAAGCGGUUCUUACUGACACUGCCGUAGCAGAUUCACAUGCAUUUCAGCCAUUAUAGAAUUCGUUUUGGUAAAAGAAAAUACUAACAUGGGAAAAUACAAUCAAUCUUCUGUGACAGAAUUUAUCCUGCUGGGGCUUACAGGUUACCCAGAGCUUGAGGCCAUUUACUUUGUGUUGGUCCUAUGCAUGUACCUGGUGAUCCUGAUGGGAAACGGAGUCAUCAUCACUGUAAGUGUCUUUGACUCCCACUUGCACACCCCCAUGUACUUUUUCCUCAGUAACUUGUCAUUCUUGGACAUCUGCUACACUAGUUCUUCUAUUCCCUUAUUUCUCAGCAGCUUCUUAACUUCAAAGAAAACCAUUUCCUUCUCUGGAUGUGGAGUACAAAUGUUUCUCUCCUUUGCUAUGGGAGCCACGGAGUGUGUCCUUUUAAGUAUGAUGGCAUUUGAUCGCUAUGUGGCCAUCUGUAACCCUUUGAGAUACCCCAUCAUAAUGAGCAAGACUUCUUAUGUGCCCAUGGCUGCUGGGUCCUGGAUUGCUGGGGGUGUCAAUUCUGUGUUGCAAACUUCACUUGCAAUGCGGCUUCCUUUCUGUGGUGAUAAUGUCAUCAAUCAUUUUACUUGUGAAAUCUUGGCUGUCUUAAAAUUGGCCUGUGCUGACAUAUCCAUUAAUAUUAUUAGCAUGGUUGUUGCUAAUGUAAUUUUUCUUGUGGCCCCGGUACUUUUUAUUUUUAUUUCAUAUGUUUUCAUUCUCUCCACCAUCCUGAGGAUUCCUUCUGCAGAGGGAAAACGGAAGGCCUUUUCCACCUGCUCUGCCCACCUAACAGUGGUUAUUAUAUUCUAUGGGACCAUCCUCUUCAUGUAUGCAAAACCCAAGGCUAAAGACUCUUCUGGGGCCGACAAAGAACAAGUCACAGACAAAAUUAUCUCUCUCUUCUACGGAGUGGUGACACCCAUGCUCAAUCCCCUCAUCUACAGUUUGAGGAACAAAGAUGUGAAGGCAGCCGUCAAGAAUAUACUGUGUCAGAAACGUUUUUAAGAAGGAAUGUAAAUGCUACUCUGUGUGUUGAAUUGUUUUACUCUAAAUGCAGGGGUAAUUUUUACCUGUUGACUCCAAAAUAAAUAUAAGGACCACUAAUUUUUGAAAUUCUUAUUUUUUUGUUCCUAAUAUUUAAAUGAAGGAGAAAUGUAGGGCUAAACUGUUUGAAGAAGUGAGAGAUAGAAAUUUAUGGCUAAAAAAAUUCUCAUCCAAAUCACCCUCUUUCUUAUGGAAAACGAAGUUUAGUUUAACUCUGGAAUGAUGAGUUCACUAAUCUUAUGCAAAAGAAAGGACCGUUUUACUAACUUAAUCUCUUAUUUUCUAUGUGAAUCAGUUUUAUAGCCCCAUCACUCUUAGAAGAUCUAGUGGAAAGGGUCUUGUUAAGGGUCAGAGUACUAUGUAAACUCAACAUUAAGUGACCCAUAAUGAGACAGAGAUGAUCUUACAGAGAAACAUUUGGGUAUUGGUUACCUGGAAUGGAUAUAUGUCAUUUUCAUUGAGAAAUAUGAAGCUGUGUCACCUAGGUCUGAUUUCAUUUUGACUUCAAACUAGCAAGCACCCUUCCAUGCAGAGAUGUCUGGGGUAAUGUCACGUUUUGUUUAUUCA